UUUUCUCCUUCUAUUAUAUUUAUGACUCAAAUAAUAAAACUUAUCAUCGUCUUCGAAUUUCCUGAAUUAUCUUUCUCAUCGUUCGACGCCGUCCUAAACAAUUACAACGAGAAGCAAAUAAUCUACGAUGAUCGAAUUAUCGAGAAAACCGAAGCAAAGGUAAACAGAAGAAGGGAAAAAAAGAAAAGAGAAGAGAAGAAACCAUGGGUUCUGAACAGAAUGAAGGAACCAGCUUCCCGCCAUCUGAGCCGAAGCUAUGUGCCAACGGCUGUGGGUUUUUCGGCACAGCAUCGAAUAUGAACCUCUGCUCCAAGUGUUAUCGCAACCUCCGGGCUGGUGAGGAGCAAGUUGCAAAGGCAAAAGCUGCCAUGGAGAAAUCUCUCAGUGUUGAAGCCAAGCGGAACGAAGUGGUUGCGGAGGCAUUUAAGCGUGUCGAGGAGUCAUCUCAUGUGGCAUCCUCAUCAACAGCCGUUGAGCAACAAACAACCGUUGUUGUUGCUGCUGAUGAACCGGCUGAUCCAAAGCUGGCAAACAGGUGCUUUAUCUGCAGAAAGAAGGUUGGAUUGACCGGGUUUAAGUGCAGAUGCGGGAGUACCUUCUGUGGUAAGCACCGUUAUCCGGGAAAACAUGAGUGCUCCUUUGAUUUCAAGGGUGCCGGACGAGAUGCCAUUGCCAAGGCGAAUCGUGUCGUGAAAGCCGAUAAGGUGAGGCGAUUCUGAAAGGAACAGAGAUAAAUUUGCUCAGGUCGUUCUUGAACGAAUUUACCUUUUAUGUCUUGCUUACUGCCAUUCUGAGGUUUCUACUAGGUUUAGGGUCAAUGGAAAGUUGUGGGCUGUUUUAAUGUUCUUGCUAGUGUUAUAUCGGGGUUGGGAAUGCUGCUUAAGUUGAUUCCAUUAUCAAAAUGGAUCAAUGAAUUAUGAAUGUGUUUACCAUUGAAUUCGAUUUGACGGUUUCCGACUCGAUCUUCAUUCUAGCCAUAUUUAUUGUUUGUAUGUA